AUGCUCAUCAUCUACAUCCUCAACCCGGACAAGGAGCCGCUGCCGUGGCGCACGUACUGCGCGGCGCAGAUGCCCUUUCCGCACAUAUUUGCCGACCGGCUGGCGCCCGUCGAUGUCCUCGUCGGCGUGCUGACCGUCGACAACAAGUACGAGCGGCGCAACAUGAUUCGCUCCACGUACGCCUCGCACACGCUGCCGCUGGGGCCCGACGGCCGGCCGAUGGCAAACGUGCAGGUCAAGUUCAUCCUCGGCAAGGUGCGCAAGGCGCACGCGCGGCGCGUCGCCCUCGAGAUGGAGGCGUACAACGACAUCGUCGUGCUGGACAUGGACGAGAACAUGAGUGCUCGCAAGACGCUCACGUUCCUCAAGUGGGCCGCGCAGAACGCCACGAUGCCCUUUGUGCGGCCGAGCGCGCCGCUCAGUGCCGCACCCGAGACGCCGGGCCAUGUAUCGGCACAGCUGCCGGACAAGGCGCGCCGCUCGGACAAUGUGGCGUGGAAGAAGGUCGACUAUGUCGUCAAGGCCGACGACGACUCCUUCAUCGUGCUGAGCGAGCUCGAGCGGCAUCUGCGCGUGGCGCCGCGCAAGAUGACGUACUGGGGCUAUCUCGUCAAAGAGUGGUUCAUGGGCGGCGAGGCGUACGCGCUGUCGAUGGACCUGGUCGAGUGGCUCGCGCACUCGCCCGAGGUCGAGCGCACGGCCAAGGGCAAGGAGGACACGCGCACGCCGCAGUGGAUUGCGAUGCACCCGAACCGCAGCUCCGUCAGCUGGAUCUCGGAGCACUGCUGGAUCUACGACCACCCCAAGGCGGGCACGCCGUACUCGCACGGCUUCCUCUUCCCCGACUACGUCGAGCGCAUCAAGGCUGAGGCGCGCGUCGGACUCAGCGAGCAGGAGGUGAUGUGGCGCGGCGGCGAGCGGCGCAGCCACAGCUACAGCACCGUCAGCCGCUGGCACCACGCCUACGUGGCGCCGCGCGAUCACCUGACCGCCGAGGAGGAGAUCGAGGCGCUCGUCGAGGGCGGCGGCCGCUGGGCCGGCACGUGGGUGCGCGGCGCCGCUGGCGAGGGCAGCAGCAGCGAGACCGAGACGUGGCUGCCGUGGUCCGACAUCGUCUACGAGAGCGACGACGAGCGGCUGCGCCGGGCCAUGGCGGCGGACCGUGAGGCCGAGAAGCUGCGUCUGCUGCCGCGCCCCACGCACAAGGACGGCGACGGCACGGCCGAGGCGCUGCGUGCGCGCCGCUACCUCGGGCGCCCGCACGGCGGCACCGUCGUGGUGCACUAUCUCAAGAAGAGCGAGUGGUGGCUCGAGACGGCCAUGGUCUUCCUCGGCCGCGGCGCCAUGUGGCAGUCGGACAUUGGCGGCGCGGCGCGCGAGUACCGCCAGUACGGCAGCCCGCUGGUGCGCCACGACGGCUACAUCAGCGAGGGCCGCAGCCAGCCACGGCCGGACCAGGGCGUCAACGUCGCCGAGGGCGACGAGCGCUGGACGGCCAUCGCUGGCAAGAAGGAGCGGCCGCCAGCCGACAAGCCGAGCACCGAGUCGACGUCGACCAUCUAG